CAGUAUUUCAUGAGGAGUUUUCACUCAGGACCUCAGAACUGAGGGUCCAUGUGGAGCCAAUAAGAAUGGCCUUGACAUACGGGGCUAAACUGCUUGGCAUCAUAACAGUUCUUCUGCACGUAGCCAGAUGCCAGAAGAGCCUGGAAAAGGACAGUUCUCCUCUGAGAUUCACCCAUCACCUAUAUAAUGCCACUAUAUAUGAGAAUUCUGCCCCCAGGACCUACGUUGACAGCCUCAUUCGAAUGGGCAUUACAGUUACCGAUCCCCUCUGGAACAUCAAGUACAAAGUUGUCGCUGGUAAUGAAGAUGGCCUUUUCAAAGCAGAAGAAGUACACAUAGGGGACUUUAGCUUCCUGAGAAUAGCAACCGGCAGCGGGAGCUCGCUCUCUCCUGUCCUGCUCAACCGGGAGGUUCGAGAUACCUACACGCUUACCGUCGAAGCUACAGAAAGCACGUACGAGUACCAAGCCAAAACAAAAGUCUUGAUUCAAGUGCUCGAUAAAAACGACCUGAAACCUCUUUUCUACCCUGCGUCUUACAAUGUGGUUCUCAGAGAGGACACCCCGAUUAAAACAAGUGUGGUAAGAGUGAGCGCGACGGAUGCUGAUAUUGGCAGCAAUGCUGAGUUUUAUUACUCCUUUACCACUAGAUCGCAUCCGUUUGCAGUGGAUCCUUGCACGGGUACCGUCUCACUGGUUAAAAGGCUUAAUGCCAGCCUGAGAGACAGGUAUGACCUGACCAUUCUGGCAGAAGACAGGACCAAGAAAAUUUCCGGAGUGCGGAAGUUUGGAAACGUCGCAACUGUUGUUGUAACUAUCGAAAAGGUGAUUGAUAAUUUUAAUCUGACCUCACUGAUCACUCUGGAACCCCUUCAAACAGACAGAGAAAGAAUGAGUAUUGGUGUCAAUGUUGAGCCUAACGUGAAGACACGGGUUUCCUCUGUAAGUAUAGUUGCCGGGGAUCCAGAGAAGAAUUUUGACAUUAUUCCGUCAGGCUUCGGGAGUAAUGACUUUCAAGUGGUCUCAACAAAAUGGAUUAACUGGUCACACAACACAUUCGGAUUGAAUAUCUCUCUUCAAGCAAAGGAUAAAAGCAGCCCCCCUUUGCUAUCACCACUUAAGAACAUCCAUAUCCCUGCACAAUUUACGUCCCUGAAAUUUGAGCAGAAUUUAUAUCAAGUUAACCUUAGUGAAUUUUCCCCUCCAAAAACCCAUGUUGUUAAAGUGUCUCUGGAUCAUACUUCAGCAAAUGUCACCUACCACAUCAGAAGUAAUUCAGACAGUCAAAACUUUAAAAUCAAUCCAAAAACUGGCAUUAUUAUUACUUCAGAGAAGUUUGACUUUGAAAAACAGUCUCAUUAUGAGUUUGAUGUUGGGGUAACUCCUGGUGAAGCUGAAGCUCAUCUCAUAGUUACCAUCAUUGAUGAGAAUGACAAUGCUCCUAGAUUUACUUCACCCUCAUACCAGACCGUUGUGCCUGAGAAUGCCCCGAUAGGAACCAGCAUCUUAAGCAUUUCUGCCGUUGAUCCGGACAAGGACAACAAUGGUUUUGUGACCUACGCACUUGCAAACACAGCCCCAAUACCUUUCGUCAUAGAUGCACUGACAGGGAUCAUCUCAACCUCUGAAGAGUUGGACUAUGAGCUAAUGAAAAGGAGGUACCACCUUAGGAUCUGGGCUUCUGAUAGUGGCAGUCCUUUUAGCCGUGUCAGUGAGUGUGAAGCCAUCAUUACGAUGACCAACGUCAAUGACAAUGCUCCAGUUUUUGAUAAAGGAGCAUGCAACGUCUCAAUACCUCAAGACUUCAAAGCCGGAAGCAGCAUUGUUGAUAUUUCUGCGGUCGAUUUGGAUGAGCUGGAGCAAAUACGGUAUGCAAUCGUGUCAGGAAAUGAAGAUAAAUUAUUUGCCAUUCACCCUGUCUCGGGAAGCAUUACUCUCGCUCGUCCUUUUCCCCUAGCCACCUUGAAGAGAGGAAGUCUCUGGUAUACCCUGAAAAUAAAAGUAACUGAUGGAAAAUAUAGUGCUGAGGAAACUACCGUCACUGUGCAUGUUACAGGUCAGGGAAAGAAAGUCAUAGCAGACUGUCAGGAAACUGGGGUGUUCAAGCAGUUAAGAGAGAAGCUUAUUGAAUCAAUGAAGCCUGUCCUUACUGCCUCAGAGGAUGAGACCUUCUCUGAUGUCUACAUAAUCAAUCGUCACUCUCCAAAGUUUGCUCAGGACAUUCCGAGCACCAUCGACAUCAGGGAGGACUUCGCUUUUCACAAGUCCAUUCUACACUUUAAGGCCACUGAUAAUGACAGUUCAUUUAACGGCAAACUUGUCUACGCAAUUUCAAGUGGGAAUGAAGACGGAUGCUUUUCGAUAGACAUGAACACAGGAGAAUUAAAAAUAAUAUGUGCGCUGGAUAGAGAAACAAAAGCAUUCUAUAUUCUCAACAUAACUGUGUAUGAUUUAGGCAUUCCACAAAUAUCUGCAUGGAAAUUUCUUGCCGUCAAUAUUCUGGAUGCUAAUGACAAUCCACCACUAUUUUCUCAACCUAGAUACGUUUUGAGAAUUUCUGAAAACACGGCCAUUGACAAAAGCAUAUUUAAAGUCCAUUCUGUAGAUUAUGACCAGGAUGACAACGGAAUCGUCAGGUAUACCUUGUUAACUUUUACAAACCUAUUCAAAGUAGAUGAAACCUCUGGAGAAGUAAGGGUGGCUGGACGUUUGGACAGAGAGGCUUUCCCCAGAUACGACUUAAAGAUUGAAGCCAGGGAUCAAGCUAAAGAGGACCCUCAGCUUAUCUCAACAGCAGAUCUAGUGGUUGUCCUAGAAGAUAUAAAUGACAAUCCACCUGUAUUUGUGCCCAAAGUCUACAAGAUUAAAGUCCCUGAAGAUGCCCCUGCAGGCACAGUGUUAUUAUGGGUUGAAAGCUAUGACUUAGAUUUGGGCAGUGGCGGCCUCAUAAGCUAUAAUCUGAAAAACAGUGUGUCGGGGACCUUUUUGUUAGACUCGUCUACAGGAUUACUCACUCUUGAGAAGGAACUGGACUUUGAAAAUAAGAAGUUUUAUAACCUAACUGUUCGAGCUGUAGACCAUGGAAGCCCAAGGUCCCUGUCAUCCUCUUGUUUCGUAGAGGUGGAAGUGCUGGAUGUGAAUGAAAAUCUAAAUAAACCACUGUUUAGCAACUUUGUAUACAAUGCUACCGUUCAGGAAGAUGCCAAAGUUGACACUCCAGUAUUGACCCUGACUGCACUGGAUAAAGAUUUGGGGAGAGAUGGAGUGGUCAGAUACUACAUUCAUGAUGGAACAGGACUUGGUGUCUUUGUCAUAGAUGAAGAGACAGGAGUUAUUAAGGUGGCAGACACUUUGGACAGGGAGGCUGUACCACACUACUGGCUGACCGUGUAUGCCACUGAUCUGGGCACUGUCCCCAUGAUGUCCCGGACCGAAGUGUAUAUUGAGGUUUUGGACAUUAAUGACAACCCCCCUGAGCCGUCUCAACCUAUCUACUUUGCUUCAGUCCAAGAAAAUCUGCCCAAAGGCACAUCUGUUUUAAAAGUGGACGCUACUGACCAGGACAAAUCCUCUAAGGGGAAGUUAACUUUUCAGAUCUUGGAUUCUCAACGCACGUAUUUUAACAUCAACUCAAAAACAGGUGUGAUCAGCACUCUCUCAGCCCUGGACCGAGAACAAAAACCAGAGCACAUUAUUGAGGUGAUCGUAUCUGAUAACGGUGCUCCUGCGCUGCGUUCUACGGCCACCGUGGUCAUUCAGGUGCUAGAUGAGAACGAUAACAGGCCUCAGUUCAGUCACAAACUCCUUCAGGUGAAACUGAUUGAACAACUUGACACAGCACAGCCUCAGGAGGUCUACAGGAUGAUUGCUCGUGAUGAUGACGAGGGGCCUAACGGCAUGAUUACCUACACCCUGGACGACAACAAAGAGGGACAGUUCGAAAUCCACUCUGAAACUGGGGUAGUGACUGCCAGGGGAGAGUUUAGAUCUGGAAACUACAGCAUCCUAACGAUAAAAGCCACAGACCAUGGCAGUCCCCCCAAAACGUCCAAGUCACGUCUGGAUGUAGAAUGGUUGCCAACACUGGAGCCCAGUUCGGUGCCACUGGCUUUUGACGAGGAACAUUUUACCUUUGCAGUCAUGGAGACAGACCCUGUCACUCACAUGGUAGGAAUCAUCAGCACCGAGAUCCCUCAGAGCCUCCUCUGGUUUAACAUCAUCGGCGGUGAUAAAGACCAGGACUUUGACUUAGAGAAGAACACAGGUAGCAUUGUAAUCGCCAGACGCCUGGAUGCUGGCAGAAGAUCCAAUUACAAUCUGACCAUCAGUGUAAUGGACGGAUCUCAGACUAUAACCACCCAGGCAUACAUCCGAGUGCUUGACAUGAACGAACAUCGACCUAUGUUCUUAAAGAGUAUGUAUGAAGUCAGAGUUCCAGAAGACACAGCUACAUGGAAAGAGAUCCUGCAGUUUAGUGCCCGGGAUGCAGACACCAACAGCAGGAUAAUCUACUCCAUUCACAGCAGUCUGAACCCAGAAAGUCUUAAAUAUUUCCACCUGGAUCCAAAGAGCGGAGUCCUGGUUCUAACCGAGCAGCUGGACUACGAAGCUAUCUCCACUCACAGUCUCACUGUGAUGGUCCGUGAUCAGGAGAUCCCAGUAAAGAGGAACUUUGUAAAGGCUGUGGUGCACGUAGAGGACUGUAACGACCACAUACCUAAUUUUAUGAGUACUCAUUAUGAAGGAGGUGUUAGCAACUUGGCGCCAGUUGGGACAGAGGUGCUUCAAGUCAAAGCUUUGGAUAAGGACGCGGGCAGUAACGCUAAGAUUGUCUAUUCUAUUAAUUCAGGAGACUCAAAAGGAGUGUUUGACAUUGACCAGGACACAGGAAGCAUCCAUGUGGCUAAAUCAUUGGAUACACUCCCCCAAGAACAAUACCACCUUGUGGUAAAGGCGACUGACCAGGGUUUUCCCCAGCUGAGUGACCUCUGCCCCAUCAAUAUCCAUAUAAAUCUUUCAGAACACACAGCACCCAAGUUCAACCAAAAUGAAUACUUUACUGAAAUAAGUGAGGCCAGUCCUUUAGGCUUUCCAGUGCUCUCCGUCUCAGCUAGUUGUCCAUCGGCUGUGAAUUACAAGAUCAAAGAUGGUAACCCUAAUGGAACUUUCCACAUCAAUCCAAACUCUGGAUUCAUAUCUGUCCAAAAAGCCCUCGAUUUUGAAGAAAUCCGCUCGUAUCGGCUCCAAAUAAGCGCCACUAAUACAGCAGGAGUGUCUUCAGAUGCUCUUGUAUAUGUGUACAUCAUAGAUGAAAAUGAUAAUGCCCCGGUUUUGAUUCAAGACAGUUAUUAUGGUCAGAUCAGUGAGUCUGCACCUAAGAACAGCAUGGUUAUGGGCGAGAACAACACCCCUCUGGUAAUCAAAGCCUCGGAUGCUGACAAGGACAUCAACUCUCUGCUUAUCUUCCAAAUACAAGAGCCUGAGGCUAAACAAAUAUUUAAAAUAGAUCCAAGCAUGGGCACCAUCUUUCUGAUAUCUGAAGUAGACUUUGAAACAAGUCCUGAAUUCGUCUUCACCGUUCAAGUCCGGGAUUCUGGAGAGCCCUCAUUAGGUGCUGUCAAACCAUGCAAAGUGAUCAUUCGCGUCCUCGAUUUUAAUGACUGCCCUCCUAAAUUUACGCUUCCUGUGUAUACAGCUUCAAUCACGACCCCUGUUUUUAAAGACAUGAAUGUCAUUCAGGUAACUGCCCAUGAUUUAGAUUCGACCGUCUCUUAUGAAAUGAGUCAAAGUGAGGCAUUCAAAAUACACACAUCAUCUGGAGAAAUUUUGUUGAAUGAUGUGUCAGACUUACAGUCCUAUUAUGAGCUCACAGUUACCGCCUCAGAUGGUUUAUACAAAGACACUGCUCUAGUGCAAGUAAACGUGACUACAUCUGAAAAUACCGGGCUGAAGUUUGAAGAAAGGACGCAUGUGGGCUCAGUUCUGGAAAACACUACAUCUAUAAAGACUUUGACAGUACUCAGAGCUAUGGGUAGCUACCUCAAUGAACCCUUGAUUUAUUCAGUUCUCAACCCAAGGGAUAAAUUUUCAAUCAUUCAGUCAUCAGGGGUGCUGCAGACGACUGGUGUACCCUUCGAUCAGGAAAAACAGAAUGAGUAUGAUGUAGCCGUAGAGGUCCGGGACAUGAGAGAUCCACCGCGUAUAGCUGUUACGUAUGUCAAAGUCUACGUAGAUGAUAUCAAUGACAACGCACCUGUCAUAUCAAACCUCCCUCGUACACUAAUGAUAUCCGAUGAGGCAGAACCAGGAGAUGUUCUGUUUCAAGUACUUGCCACCGAUAAAGACACAGGGGAAAAUGGAUCUAUAAUAUUCACCCUAGAGGAGAAUUUUAAUCUCUUCAGAAUUGAUCCGUAUCUAGGAGACGUGUCCCUUCAACGACCCCUAGACUUUGAAUCCCUAAAUAAGUAUGAGCUCACCGUGAAAGCUUCCGAUGAGGGCGAGCCUAGUUUGUCAACAUCAGGAACAUUAUACGUUCAAGUGCAAAACCGUACCCAUCCAAUCUUUCAAAGUCUCUAUUACCCUUUAAGGAUACCUGAAAACAUUCCUUUGUAUACAACCAUCCUGCAUGUACAAGCAAAAAACCCAGAGGGCUACCGUCUUAUCUACAAUCUCGAAGAAGAAAACGCCUCAUUAUAUUUCCACAUCGACUACAAAACUGGAAUGUUAAGUGUCACGGAUGUCUUAGACUAUGAGACCCAAUCAAAGCACAUAUUGACCGUUCGGGCAACUGAUUCCGUGACUGGCACUUUUUCUCAAGCCAAGGUGGAAAUAGAUGUUGAUGAUAUCAAUGAUAAUGCGCCAGUUUUUGAAAAGCCUUCUUACGUAGCAAAUGUCUUGGAAGGUCUUCCCAUUGGGACAUCUGUAAUCCAGGUCUCAGCCUUAGACAAAGACUCAGGCAAAAACAAAGACAUAACCUAUGACAUUGUUGAAACUGAGAAAAAAGAGACAGCCUUUUUUAAAAUUGAUCCACUGAGUGGCAUUUUAUUAACAUCCCAGAUCUUGGACUACGAGACCACAACGGAGUUCCACUUGAAAAUCAAAGCUACAGAUAGUGGUACACCACCUCUGAGCAGCGAGGCCCAGAUUACAGUGAUGGUAACAGAUGUCAAUGACAACCCUCCAAACUUCAGCGAUUCUCAAUAUCGGGCUUCUUUGGAUGAAAUGGCCACUUGUGGUCAUGUUGUGAUUAAAGUCCAGGCCUCAGAUCCUGACAGCAAGGACAAUCUCCAAUAUAAAAUUCUCUCAGGCAAUGAAGGAAGGUAUUUCGCAAUGAAUGAAUCCUCAGGUCUUAUCUCAUUUUCCAAUGUCUGCAAGAGGAAUCUGGAUCCAUUCUACAAUCUUACAGUUGCUGUCUCGGAUGGUGUGUUCCAAAAGACCGCUCCCGUAAACAUAGACAUGAGCAGCAGCAACAAGCAUAGCCCUCACUUUCAACAGGAUGUUUACGAAGCCGAACUGGCUGAAAACUCAGACGCGGGAACGCGUGUGAUUCGGCUGGCUGCUAUCGAUCCUGAUGACGGACCAUAUGGAAGCGUGGACUACACCAUUAUCAACAAGCUUGCAGAUGAAAAAUUCUCCAUUGACCGUAAAGGACAAAUUGUUACCACUCAGCCUUUGGACAGAGAGGAUCCCUCACAGAGAGUGAUCGCCAUCAAGGUCAUGGCAAAGGACGGAGGUGGUAGAGUUGCUUUUUGCACUGUUAAGAUCAUCCUUACAGAUGAGAAUGACAAUCCUCCUCAAUUUAAAGCCUCUCAGUAUCAGGUUUCCAUUCAGUCCACAAUCAAUAAAGGUGCUCCAGUUAUUCAAAUAAUGGCUUACGAUGCAGACGAUGGCAAAAACGCUGAUGUUACUUACGCCAUUGAUGAAACAGAGGAAGUGACAGAGGACGUAAUUGAGAUCAACCCCUUUACUGGUGUGGUUAGCGUCAAGGAAAGCCUGGUUGGCAUGGACAACAAGAUCUUCAAUUUUAAAGUCCAGGCCCGAGAUGGAGGACUUCCAUUUUACAACUCUACAGUCCCAGUCCAGGUUAAAGUCGUCCCACCGGAGGUUCCUCUACCAAGGUUUACCGAACCACUUUACACAUUCUCAGUGUCUGAAGAUUUGCCCAUCGGCUAUGAAAUAGGUACGGUCAAAGCAGAUUCCGACAUGCCACUAAUUUACAGCCUAGUAGAUGGCAACACUGUGGAAGGCAACAGCGAUCAAGUGUUCGCUCUGGAUAAAGAAAGUGGAUCUCUUGUGGUGCAGAAAAAUAUUGACUAUGAGAAGACCAAGUGGUAUCAGAUUGAUGUGAUUGCUCAAGGCAAUCACAAUGGCACAGACGUUGCAUCUCUAGUCUCCGUUACUGUCCAAGUCCAGGACGUCAAUGACAACCAGCCCAUGUUUGAUGCCGACCCUUACCAGGCCAUACUGGCUGAAAACUUGCCUGCUGGCACCACCGUCAUCCAGGUCACAGCUAAUGAUUUGGACAGGGAUGCUAAUGGAGAAGUGACAUACAUUUUGGAGCAAGAGGCAGACGAUGUCAGUGAGAUUUUCACAAUUGACCCACAGACGGGGUGGAUAACCUCGCUGAAGGAGACAGACUGUGAGGCCAAGCAGUCGUACAGGUUCUAUGUUGUGGCCACUGAUCACGGGGGCAAAGUCAAGCUUUCCUCCUCAGCUCUUGUGGAGGUGACGGUCACUGAUGAAAAUGAUAACCCACCACAGUUCACAGAGGAGAUCUAUCACGGGUCCAUAAUUGAAAACAGCAGACCAGGGGAGGUGAUAGUUGCUCUGACUACUAUAGAUAAUGAUAUGUCAUCAGACAACAGACAAGUCACGUUGUAUAUUACAGAUGGAGAUCCCCUUGGAGAAUUCUCUGUCUCUGCAGUGGGAGAAGAGUGGCGGCUCAUCACAAAAGGUUCUUUAGAUAGAGAAGUCAGAGACAAACACACCCUUAAGAUAAUAGCCACAGAUGGAAAAUUUCAAACUGCUGCUACAGCAGAAAUUCACGUCCUUGACAUCAAUGACAACAGCCCACUGUGCGAACAAUUGCUUUACACAGAAGCAGUUAUGGAGAAUUCCCCAACAGGAAGAUUCAUUCUGAAAGUCUCUGCAUCAGAUCCAGACAUUGGCACAAACGGACAAGUUUCUUUCACUCUGCAUGGACCAAAUGCAGACAAGUUUCAUCUUGAUCCAAAAACUGGGGAGCUGUUUACCCUUGCCAUCUUGGACCGGGAGAAGGAAACAGAAUACGACCUGGUCGUCAAGGCAACAGAUGGAGGUGGACGCUCGUGUCAGGCAGAUGUUAUGCUCAUGGUGCAGGAUAUAAAUGACAAUCCACCUCGCUUCUCCACCAACCACUACGAGAUCACCGUGUUCGACAACACCACCGUUCGAACCCCUAUUACCGUCAUUUACGCCAAAGACCCAGACACAGGUAUCAACUCGGAGGUGAGGUACUCACUGCACAGCUUAAGCAGCGAGUUCUUUUCUCUGGAUGAGAUUUCAGGAGUGCUGCGACUGGAGCGAUCUCUGGAGGACAAGGCUCAGUCUGUCUUUAAUCUGACUGUUAAAGCUACAGAUCGAGGUCUUCCUCGCCACCUCCACUCCACAGCCAGGGUCACAGUGCAAGUGGUCGACCUAAGUGAAUACAAGCCUGUAUUCUUGAGCUCGGAAUACACGGUCAGCAUCCCAGAGUCCACCGCUGUUGGGACAGAGGUGCUCAGCGUGUCUGCCCUCACCAGAGACGGUACUGGAAGUGAGCCUGUCCGAUACUCCAUCAUCUCGGGCAAUGAGGACAGGAGAUUCCAGAUUAAUUCAGAGACAGGUGAAUUAUGGUUGAAAGAAGCGCUGGACUUCGAGCUGUGUCACGAGUACCAGCUAUCAGUGGAGGGUGCACGAGGCAAACCCUCAUUCACCGACAUCGCCAUGGUUAUAGUUAACAUCACAGACAUCAACGACAACCCGCCCGCCUUUAGCCGUGGAGACUACAGCGCUGAGAUCAGUGAAGAUAUCUCUCCUGGAACCACAGUGAUGCAGGUGACGGCAAUCGACCUUGAUGGACCACUAAACAAUCUCAUCCACUACUCCAUCGUGAGUGGCGACUCGAGACAGCAGUUCAGUAUCGAUCCUCGGAGCGGACACAUCAAAGUGCGCUCUGAGUUGGACAGGGAAGAGAUCACACACUAUUCGUUAACUGUUCAAGCCGCUGAUGAGGGCAAGCCUUCUCUGUCUUCGGCUGUCCAGGUGACGCUGACGGUGUCAGACGUCAACGACAACCCACCUGUCUUCUCUCAGACCAGUCACAGCCUCGUUCUGCAGGAAGGGGAGGCUGUCGGGAGUAGCAUUAUGCAGCUUUCGGUUAGCGACAGAGACACACCUCAAAACGGCCCUCCAUUCACUUACCACAUUGUGUCUGGAAAUGAAGGCAAACGCUUUCACAUCGACCAGGGGGGGCUUCUGUCCAUCGCCUCUCCACUCACAAAGAGAGGAAAGCCUCAGCAUCUGCUUAAAAUUCAGGUCACUGACAGUGGACACCCACCUCUUUCCUCUAUAUGUGUGGUUAAAAUCAAUGUCUCUGAGGAAAGCAAGUACCCCCCUACAGCCACCCCACUGGAUAUAUUUAUAACCAUGACUGAGCAGACCUUCCCCAGACAGGUCAUUGGAAAGCUGCAUGCCUCUGACCAAGACCCCCAAGACAUCCUGAGUUACAAGCUGGAAUCCCCAACCGGUGGCCUCUUCUCUAUUGACUCUUCAGAUGGAAAAAUCGUAGCCGAAGCCCUCCAUCCAGGCCAGUACUCUCUUAACGUGACAGUAUCCGAUGGCAAAUUUACCAUCCAUUCUGGCGUUCGGGUUGAUGUGUGGGCUGCAUCCCAGCGGGAUUUAGAUAGAGGCUUCACCCUGCGCCUGGCCAACCUGAGUGCCGAGGAGUUUCUGGCUGAUCACUGGCGGACGCUCCAGCGCAGCCUGAGCACUAGGUUGGGAGUUUCUACGCAGGAGCUUCAUGUGGCCAGCCUGCAGCAGGAUCAAGGCCAGGAGGUUCAGGUCCUGUUAGUGCACAGGGCUCAGCAUGGCUCGGCUCGGACCUUUAACCCUCAGUUCAUAAGUACCACACUGGAGCAUGUUAAGGCUACCCUGGGACUGAGUAUGCUUAGUGUGAAGCACGAUGGAUGUACUGGGGAUGGCUGUUCUCCACCGGGCUGUAAAAGCUCUGUGUUGAUGAGUGAGGAGAGAGUGAGCCAUUACAGCACAGCCCGGGCCAGCUUCAUCACUCCACAACACAGCUGGGAGAGCGUCUGCAGCUGUAAUGAGUCAGCUAUGAGAUUUGAUGGACACGGUUAUCUAAAAUAUCUUUAUUGGACAAACGAGGAAGAACAGAACUUCCAGCUGUCGCUUCAGAUAAAGACGUCUGAUGCUGAAGGGACUCUGAUGACAACGAAUGCUUCUGAUUGGGCAACACUAGAGCUGGUGGAGCAGGAGCUCGUGCUCCAUUAUGGCUGUGGGAACGGGCCGGUUGGUGUUCUUCCAAUUAGGGAUUACUCGCUGGCUGAUGGUCGUUGGCACCACAUCUCCCUGGAGGUCAACAAAACCAUGGUGAAGCUAACUGUAGACCACACACACUCCACCUUCAAGCCCUUGUCGGAGCCGUGCAGGCUGACUCAGGCCAAUGGAAUCCUGAUGCUCGCCAGUACCAGCCACAGAGCCCAAAAGCCAGACCUUAGGGGCUGUUUGAACACUAUUCAUUUUAAUGGUCAGCCGGUGAGAAGCCAUGAGGGUCUGGGAUCAGAGAGAAGUCGUUUAUUUGGACAGUAUCAGUGCUGUGAAUUGGAUGGAUGUGCCAGUAAUCCUUGUGAGAAUGGAGGCACAUGUGGAGAGGACUUUAAUGGAGCCGUCCACUGUAGCUGUCCGCCUCAGUUCUUCGGCAUGUACUGUCAGCAGAAUGACAAUCCCUGUGCAUCUCAGCCGUGUGGACAAAACAGCUCGUGUGUACCCAGCGGUCAAGGUUACAGAUGUAUUGUGGAGAACAAGAACGUGAUGGCACCCAUCGGAUACAUAGAGAUUGCAGAGAUCUGCGCAGGCCUGCUCUGCCUUAUUGCUCUCUGUGCAAUAUUUGUGUGCAUACGAAAACGCUACGUCAGUCACAAAAAACACAAGCCAGUUUGUGUGCAAGACUCCAACGGCUACUUCCCAACGGGCCUGACCAAGAGCAUGCUGCAGGAUGGAGGAGACACGGCGCCCAUGGAGAUGAACACGCUGAUCAAUGGGAAUAACCUGGACCACAGCCCUUUCCGUUCUCUAAAGCCCAGCGAUCAGCGAGAGGUGAGCUCCAGGUACCAGAGGACUCAGGGUCCUGUGGUUUGCAGCGUGGCCCCUAACCUUCCUCACCCUCCGUCAUCCAACUCUGAUAAUGAGUCACUUAGGAAGAGUAACUGGGAUCCUGCUUAUGAGGUGUACCCCGCUGAUCCAGACUACUUUGGGCGCCCCUCCGUCCAGGAGUUCCCACAGUUCGACAUUGUUGAGAGCACUUACCCCACCAUGCUGCCCACAGACUCCCGAAGGAACUCUCGAUUCGGGGGUUUCCCUUUUCCUCUGGAGCGCAGUGAGCGUCGUGCCCCGCUACCACCCUGCUACAGCCACCAGAACCUGGAUGACUUCCUGGGGCCAGACGGGAUGCCACUACCCAGCGCUCAGUGUCCCAACGAGUACACGGCCAUCAGCUAUUACCCUACGCAUCACGCUCGCAGUAUGAACGACGUAUCGGCGGGGUAUAAACGGCUGAGCGUGCGUCUGAGCGUGGCCCAGCCUUCAUACGCGGACUGUGGGUCGUCUACGCAUUCUGCCCCGGGUACUCGUGCUACCCGGGGGUGUGCUGGCUCUGAUAUGGUGGAAAGUGACUAUGGGAGCUGUGAGGAGGUCAUGUUCUAGUCCCUAACACUGCUCAUUCAGACUUUUCCAUCUGGAUUUAACAGGAUGAGGACAUGUAUGAAUUUCAGUGGGUUUAAUGGUUGAGGAAACCCAGAACUAGACUGUCUACACUGAACAGUAUUAUCUUUUCUUUCUGGUAUGAAGAUGAACAUGGAAUAUUUGACCACUUGUGUCGUCCUACCUGUCAUUUUUAAGAACACGCAACCUAAGCGGCAGUGUAUUUACCACCUGAAGCAUUUCAUCAUGUUUACAUCUUUAGUAUUUGUUGCAUGCUACACAUUAACGUUGUAGCAUUGACGCUCUCUAGAGCUGUUUAGUGAGGUUCUGGAACUAAACACACAUUUCAUGCCACUUUAUUGCCAUUUAUUUUCAUCCCAAACGUAGUUUUCUGUGAUAUUGUUUAAAAACCAACUGACCAUGAGUUAGCAAAUUAUUCAAAUGGUUUACACUCCUUAUACGACCUAUAAUUUGACCUUAUGCCUAGUUCACACUACACGAUUUUUGCCCUGAUU